GAAGGGAGAGAUGACUGUUACAUCGAAAAAGGAGGAGGAAGAAGAGGAGGGACCUGGAUAUCUGGGCCCGGUUUCCCAAACGCAUCUUAAAGAACCCAAUGGUUCUAACGAUGAAUUUAGCCAAAAGAUGGUUGUGAGAAACCGUUCCCUUAUUAACACUAGAGAGAGACGUGAAUAUCGUGGAUCCUCUGGGGGUCCUCAACAACCUCAUGAUGUUGAAGAGGCAGAGAAGAGUCUCUCCAGAUCAGAACACCUCAACAAACACCUGCAGAGAUCCACAGGGAAUAAAUCUCAUUCCUGCUCUGACUGUGGGAAGAGAUUCACCUGCUCAUCAGGCAUUAAAAUUCAUCAGAGAAUCCACACAGGAGAGAAAUGUUUUAGCUGUACUCAAAGUGGGAUGAAUUUUACUCGGUCAACCAGCCUGAUAUCACACCAGAGAACACACACAGGAAAGAAAUUGUAUAUCUGUGCUCAAUGUGGGAAGCGUUUUAGUCAAUCUAGUGUUCUGACAGUGCACCAGAGAAUACACACAGGAGAGAAACCCUUUAGCUGUGAUCAAUGUGGGAAGAGUUUUAUUACAAAUAACAUUCUGACUGUACACCAUAGAACACACACAGGAGAGAAGCCUUAUAGCUGUGCUCAAUGUGGGAAGGGUUUUGGACAAUCUUUUGCUCUGACAGUGCACCAGAGAAUACACACAGGAGAGAAACCCUAUAGCUGUGAUCAAUGUGGGAAGAGUUUUAUUACAUAUAACAUUCUGACUCGACACCAGAGAACACACACAGGAGAGAAGCCUUAUAGCUGUGCUCAAUGUGGGAAGGGUUUUGGUCAAUCUUUUGCUCUGACAGUGCACCAGAGAAUACACACAGGAGAGAAACCCUAUAGCUGUACUCAAUGUGGGAUGAGUUUUACUCGGUCAACCAGCCUGAUAUCGCACCAGAGAAUACACACAGGAGAGAAAUCUUAUAUCUGUGAUCAAUGUGGGAAGAGUUUUGGUAGAUCUGGACAGCUGAAUGUACACCAGAGAACACACACAGGAGAGAAAUAUUUUAGCUGUGAUCAAUGCGGGAAGAGUUUUGGACAUUCUAGCGUUCUGACAGAGCACCAGAGAACACACACAGGAGAGAAACCUUAUGUCUGUGAUCAAUGUGGGAAGAGUUUUGGUAGAUCUGGGCAGCUGACUGUACACCAGAGAACACACACAGGAGAGAAACCUUAUAGCUGUGAUGAAUGUGGUAAGAGUUUUUGUGGAUCUGGACAGCUGACUGUACACAAGAGAUCACACACAGGAGAGAAACCUUAUAGCUGUGGUCAAUGUGGGAAGAGUUUUAUUACAUCUAGCAUUCUGACUCAACACCAGAGAACACACACAGGAGAGAAGCCUUUUAUCUGUGAUCAAUGUGGGAAGAGUUUUGGUAGAUCUGGGCAUCUGACUGUACACCAGAGAACACACACAGGAGAGAAACCUUAUAGCUGUGAUCAAUGUGGGAAGAGUUUUUGUCGAUCUGGACAGCUGAUUGUACACAAGAGAUCACACACAGGAGAGAAAUCCCAUAUCUGUGCCAGGAGAUAAUCUGAUAAAAGAGCUCUGAUUUCAAUAUCAGAAAAUACAUACAUGAAGGAGUUGUUUCAUGAUAUUAAUGUCACAAUGUAGAAUGUUUUAACAUUGUAGUAGGAGUAUUUUGAUAAUGUCACAAUGUUGAACCCUAAACAUUUGUCCACUGUUCUAUUGAUUUCAACAUGAUAUGGACAUUAGCCUCGGGGAAAAUCCCGGCUCUGAAAUGGAAGAGUACUAUUUAUAUGAUUUAACAAAAAGUGACUAACAAAAAAAGAGUCGUUACACUUACCAUGUUGGUGACCCACUUGAAUCAAAAUGCAACACUUCAAAAUGUAGCUAGUUGUUUUCUACAAAUUGUCCUCUAACCAGUGAUGUACACAUUAUUCCCAGAUUCCAUGUGGCUUUUGAGAUGUUAGUUUUAACAGGACAUGCAACCUCAUCUCCCUCCUCUCGGCACAAUUGAUUGUGGUCUAGGUUCUAUUUAAGAAUGUCUGGCCCAGUGCUCCAGUUGUCUUGAUAGAUGUGGAGAGUCAAAACCUUUAGUUGCUCCACCUUUUUGGUUUGCGUCCCUUUUUUACUUUUGUUGUGGGUUUCUCUUUUGUUUGCCUCUUCUUGGGCAGAUUUAGUCGGUCUCAUGGUUGGUGUCUUGUAUGUCCCAGUUGUUGUUACUAAUCAACUUUCAGUGGACACUGAGAGCAAAACUGCAACAUUAUGUUAUAAUACUUUUAUUGGAUCAAAUGGUGGUUUUAUGCAACAGAAUAGAGGGUUCUUAUAACUAUUUUGUCUGUGUUCUACUGAGGAUGGGCCUCUGGGAGAAAACAAUGACAGAGAUUUACAAUGUAUUUUGGGUGAUAAAACCUAAAGAGACCGCAUUCCAGAGUAUGAGUUAAUGUUUCUGUUCUAUAUGGUACCAGGGAGAGAUGACCCCAGGGCCAGACCCUGGUCUCUACACAAAUCAGGUACUGUCUGCUGAGAAUUAUAACUAUCUUUCAUACAAAUCUUGACCUUGUGACCCGUUCUAUACAUCUGUUGUUUGUCAUGUAGGUUGAAAGGGGUGCAUCUGGGCUAUUAAAGACAUUUGUACUUUUGUAUCAGGACUCUCAACAAAUCAUCUGGGGGUGAUUCGUCGACCAGCCAUCAUUAUCGUAGCGCACUCAAUUGAUUCACUUUAUAUGUGUACGUUGUCUUGACCUGCUCCCUUAUUAUAAGGCGAAUAAAGAUUUAGUUUAAGUAU